AUGCGCAGCCUGAAUCGCUCAGCGACCUGCUGUGGAAGAGCGCUGCCCGCCAUGCCUCGCGUUUACAUCGGCCGUCUGAAUUACCACGUCCGCGAGAAGGACAUACAGCGGUUCUUCAGCGGAUAUGGAAAACUGAUGGAAGUCGACCUAAAAAAUGGUUACGGCUUUGUGGAGUUUGAGGACACGCGCGAUGCGGAUGAUGCCGUGUAUGAGCUGAAUGGGAAGGAGCUGUGUGGAGAGAGGGUGAUGGUGGAGCAUGCCAGGGGACCUCGCCGUGACCGGGACGGAUACGGAGGAGGAGGCGGCAGCGGAGAAAGGGGAGGUGGUGGUGGUGGUGGUGGUGGUGGAGGAGGCGGCGGAGGUUAUUAUGGAGGCGGACGCAGUGGCUACAGCAGCCGGAGUCGCUCGGGCCGGGACAAAUACGGCCCUCCGGUGCGCACCGAGUACCGGCUCAUCGUGGAGAACCUUUCCAGUCGCUGCAGCUGGCAGGACCUCAAGGACUUCAUGCGCCAGGCAGGGGAGGUGACGUACGCCGACGCCCAUAAGGAGCGCGCCAACGAGGGUGUAAUCGAGUUCCGCUCUCACUCGGACAUGCGCAGGGCUCUGGAGAAACUGGACGGAACCGACAUCAACGGCAGGAAGAUCCGUCUAAUCGAGGACAAUCCGCGUCGACGCCGCUCGUACUCCGGCAGUCGCUCCAGGUCCCGCAGUCGCCGGCGUUCCCGUAGCAGGAGCCGCCGCAGCAGCCGAUCCCGCAGCAAGUCCAGGUCCCACUCAAGGUCUCGCUCCCGCCGGCGCCGCUCUCAUUCCAGAUCCCAAGACAAGUCCCGCUCCAGGUCGGGUCGCAAGUCUCACUCCAAAUCUCCAUCCAGCAAAUCUCCCUCUCGGAAAUCUCGCUCUCGCACGCAGAAAUCCCACAGCAGGUCUCGGUCUCGCUCCGGCGACCGCCAGUCGCGAUCCAAGAGCACUUCCAAAGUGAAGUCGGACCGCGACUCUCGCAGCCGAUCAAAAGAGAAAUCCCCUGUUAAGAAAUUGCGCAGUCGCUCGCCGUCGCCCACUGAGAACGGAAACGAGGAACGGGCCAAAUCCAAAUCACCCUCGCGCUCGCCGUCUCCUCCGGUCGAGAAGAGCGGCUCAAAAUCUCCCGAGCGUCGCUCGCGCUCUCGUUCGCGCUCAAAAUCCCCCUCUCGUUCUAAAUCCAGGUCUCGAUCCAGAUCCGCCUCACAGGACUAAACCACGUCCGUCUAAACGGUGCGUUUCUGAACCUCGCACCGUGAUGCGGCUCCUUAUCCGAUCUCUGCCAGAUAGAGUAAACGUUUUAUACACUGCAUUAGUAGGAAAGAGCGGAAUUAUGGAUCAUCUUUCUCAACGUCCAUAAGCAUAAAAUUAGUAUAAUUCAACGACCUUCCCGUGACCUGAAUCGCUCCAUGUGUCCCAUAUCUCCCCCCCCAGUCGAUUCAGGAGACAACGAAGCGAGAGAAGUCGAGGUGAUGUGUUUGUGGUUCUGUGAUAAACCCCGUCUUACUCAUCAUCCAGUUUAAACGUCCCCUGUUUUUAAAUCAUGUGUCCAUUUUUAUUGUCCCUUUUAUUAAACUUCUCACUGAUCCAA